AUGACUCAUUAUAGUAAAAAUCAUAAACAUACUUCUAAGUACAACAGGGGUAGAAGACAUUCAGAUAAUGAGCGAAGAAAUGACAGAAACCGUUCCACACAUUACCGAUACAAAAAAAUCAAAUAUGAUAAGAACCAUAAACAUGAACGUUCUUACUACAAUCGGCGUCAUCGCUCACCAUCUUACGAUACAUCUUAUAAUACUUCUCAAUCUGAGAAUUCGGAUUCGGAUUCAGAUGAUUCACUAUUACAUAAAAAACGGUUACAAAAUAAACGCGAAGGAAAUGAUAAUCCGAGAAUUAUUAAACGAGGAAGGGAAAGAGAGGAAACUACGGAAAGAAAAAAACAAUCGUCAUCAAUUGAGAUUAUCAUGACUCAAAAACAAGAAAAAACCAGGAAAAUUGCGUCAAAAUAUACCGAAGAAGGAAAUUCACAGAGUCCAAAUAAAGUUCCUUUUCAUCUUCAAAUACCUGAUUUUAUUUCGAAUGAAAGACAAACUAUGCCAACUACGCCGAGUGCUACGGAAAGGAGUAUGUCCAGAGCUCGAACGAAAUAUGAAAGUAGUGAAGAAUUUUCUGAAUCUGAGGAAGAAUCCUCCAGUUCUGAGUUGAAAUCGUCUUAUUCCAAAAAAGAAUUUAGACAAAAAUCGGCACAUCAGAAGUCAUCAAAAUACUUACAUGUUAGAGACAUGCCUAAUGACCUUAGAGAUGCUUUAAGGGCAAUCACGGAGGGUGUCAUAUAUGAUAUCAUUCACAUCCGUCAUAAACAUCAACAUGAAGAGCACCUGAAGAAGUCACGAAAUGAAAAGUACCAGGAUGAGCAAACGCGACAAAAAAAUUUGAAUAGCCGCAGAAAUGCUAAGCUCAUUUCCCGGGCUAGAACGAUGGAGAAUUUACAGGCGGCUAGGGAUCCUUUGAUUCAGAAAUUUAAAGAAAGUGAACUUGCCCAAAUUAAAAAGAAAUCCGUAUUCCACUUACCAGAAGUCUCUGAGACGGAUAAGGAAGAUUCUGGAGGUAAACGCAAAAUUGUUGUUAAAGAACUUGCAUGGCGUUUAUCAACUCUUCAAUUAUUUUUAAGAAAUUAUAUUGACCGAUUAUUUGCAGAAACUUCAAAGGUUCCAAAAAAAUGGACUAGGGUUUACAGCUCUGAUUUUUAUGAAAAAGAAACAUCGGCGCCUUUUUGUGCACCAAAAUGGACGAUUAGGAACUAUCAAGGCUCCUUAAAAGAUAUCGUUGGUAGAGCUUGCAAGAACAGAUUAUCAAAUGUGUUUCCAGAUAAACUGGUUGAAGAUCAAGAAAAUUAA